AGCAGCACAUGUGUAAAUAUGAUGGAGGUGUGCGGAUCUUCUAAUGUUUCUCUGAGAGAGUUUGGCUGUGAGCAGAGUUUAUUGUCUCGGCCUGACGGUUCAGCGUCUUUCAUUCAAGGAGACACAAGUGUGUUGGCUGGAGUGUACGGACCAGCUGAGGUCAAAGUCAGCAAGGAAAUAUAUGACCGAGCAACCUUGGAGGUGCUGGUACAGCCUAAAGUUGGACUGCCAAGUGUGAGGGAGCGAUCGCAGGAGCAGUGUGUACGAGAAACCUGUGAAGCGUCUCUGCUUUCCUCGCUUCAUCCUCGCUCCUCCCUCACGCUCAUUCUUCAGGUGCUGCAUGAUGAUGGUUCGCUCUUAUCCUGCUUUUUGAAUGCCGCCUGCAUGGCUCUCAUGGACGCAGGCCUGCCCAUGAGUUGCCUGUUCUGCGGUGUGACCUGUGCCAUCCAUGCAGACGGUCAGAUCAUCACGGAUCCCACUGCAGCUCAGGAAAAGGAAAGUCGAGCUUUGAUGACCUUUGCUAUUGACAGUACAGAACACAAAGUAUUGAUGUCAUCAACCAAAGGAUCAUUUUCAGUUCAUGAGCUGCAGCAGUGUAUAGCCGUCAGUCAGAAAGCAUCAGAGAAGAUAUUCCAGUUCUACAGAGACUCUGUCAGACGGCGAUACUCCAAAACCCUCUGACGAAGCAGCAAGUUUUUUAUGAUCU